CAACUUCAUUCAGAGUCUGGCCGUUGAAAGCAGCGGUCGCGUCGUGGUCUUCUCUUCAGAUUCGUUCGCGGCAGAAAUGCAAAUACCAGAAAUUCAAUAUUGAACGCGAGCCGAGAGAAAAGAAAAGUGCGAGACGUGUUUGGAAAAUCGAAUCGAAUUUCGUACGGCACCGUCAACGGAAAUCGCAACAACGGUAAUUGUUGUGUGUGCUCGGUGAGCUCUUCCAUUCGCCGCGAGUGUGCCUGUGUGAACUCUAUUGGUUUCUAAACAAUCAACUAAUUGUGGAAUACUUAGGGUCACAACAGCCAAGGAUAUCAGCCAGUUUGCGGCCUAUCGAAAUGGGAGGCAGUAGCAACUUAAGGUUGCUGGUGGCACUAAUGUUGCUGUUUUGCACAGCAGCAACAUCGAGCGGAGUGUCCACCACCGAGACCCCGUCGGCCCUGUUGCCCUUGGAAGCCAGGAGUGCUGAUGUCUCGGGCGAGGAGGACGUCAUUUCUACAAGCUAUGUGCUGCCCAAUCAGAUAUUUAACGAGGGAAAGCCAUACUAUGCGCGCCAGGAUCCCGUGUCUGGUCAGCUGGACUUCAGUGCCAAGAAACCGGCCGGAAUUCAACCCGAGGCCAAUGAGGUGCUCGAUCCCAACGAGAAGAUUGUGCUGAGUGGUGGCAGUUCGCCCAACAUACACGACUACUUGAACCUGCCCGUGAAGUACUCCUCGUCGAAGUUUGUUUAUCCGCUGGUAUCCAGUUCGUAUGCCAACCUAAAGUACCAGGGCAGUAACAAGAACUACAUCACCAACAAGAAACCCACUUCCGUGGUGGCGCCAGUUACACCACCACCGCCCAACUAUCAUAGCUCGAACUUCUUCACCGUGCCAACUACUAAACUAACUGCAGUGACACCCACGGCAGGAGCUUACUAUCCUAGUAGUCCCUCCACCAGCACCACCAGCACCACUACGUCAACAACGACAACCACUACAACAACCACAACUCGGGGAACUUUGCCCCCUUCGAGGAAACCAGUUACCACCACUACAACCACGGCAGCCACAAGCCCGGCAGUCAAGUACACCACCACUUCAAGACGCCCCAUUCCUUUGCAGACAGUUUCCACGACUCCACAACCACUGCGCACCAGUACCACCCGCAAGAAGUUUGUGCCGACCAAGAAGUACAGUCCCACAGUGCCCAGCACCAGUGUCAGGCCAACGGUUGGUCACGAGAAUCAGCGCCCGCUGAAGUCAUCGCCCAGACCAACUCCCAGCAGCAGCGAUGUGGCCCUCACCACCCACCAUGCGACACCACAGGCAGCUAUCUUCCCUACGGAGCCGGCCACAACCACCAAGAUGUACACCACAUCGAGCACAAGUGCGCCAGUGGUGUUCACCGAAGGACCCACGCCCCCACCCGCCUUUAGUCCCAUUCCUGGAACUGGUAUUCCCAACCUGGAUCCAGCCGACGUUUAUCACACGCUGGGACAGAAGAACACACAGGCGGAGGAGCAGCAACAGCUGCAACUGGAGAAGCAGCAGCAGAUGCAGAAGCAACAGCAAAUACAGCAGCAGCAAUAUCAGGAGCAGCAGCAACAACUUUAUGAGCAGCAGCAGUAUCAGCUGCAAUUGGAGAAGCAGCAUCUGGAAAAGCAGAAGCAUCCGUACCAGCAGCAACUGGAAAAACAGCAGCAGCAGCAGCAACAACAACAACAACAGCAACAGCAACUUAUACAACAACAACAACAACAACAACAACAACAACAGCAGCAGCAACAUCAGCCAUUACCGCCAACGCUGCAACAGCAAGCACCUCCUCCUAAACCUCCCAUGACACUCAGCGAUAUAUUCAACAGCUUGGCUGAAGAAGAAUCCAAUGUGGCGCAAAACUAUCAACAGAACCAAGGAUUCGAUGCCCAGGGCAAUCUCAUACAGCCCAUUGCACCAUCCAAGCCGUCGCCCUUCGCCAUGCAGCAGCCCGGUUCCCAGCAGCAACCAGGAACACAGCAACCAGCAUCACAUCAACGACCCAAUCCCAACGAGCAGAAGGUGAUCUCUGGUAGCCAGGAGAACUACAGCAACGAGUACGUGUCCUACCAGGUGCAGCAGCCAAACAUGAUGCAAUACCGACCUGUGCCGGGCCAGAUCAAUAAUGUGGUGAUUUCGCCGGGACAGCAGUCAGCCUCUUUCGUUCUUGGCAGUCAGGUGCAACAGGUAAGCGUGGGCCACCCGAGCAUUGAGAAGGAACCACUGUUCGCCAAGGACACGCCAGGUGUUCAAUAUGGUCAGGUGAUCAACGAGGACAUUGGCAACAUUAAGCGACCUCUCAAGGAACCGCUGCCUCCGCCACCGAACUUCCAACAGAUGCCGAGCAUCCAGCAGAACUCAAACUUCCAUCAGAACGGAAAUGUGGCCACAUCUGGAGCACCUGGAACCGUUUCCUACCAGGAGCCACCACCAGAGGCACCAACUCCCUAUCAACAGCUUCCCCUAAUCGGAUCCAACAAGCGACCAUCAAAGAAACCCGUGACCAAGCCUGAGCAACCUUCGCAUCCCUACACACCACAGCAAUCUUCGACCCCGCCACAGCCACAGCCCACUCCACCGGUUUUAAUGCAGGGAGAGGACACCAAGGAACUUCUUGUCUCCACCAACAUUCGAUUCCCCGCUCAGGGAGAAGAGUCUCUGGAACUGCCCUCCGCUGUGAUGCAAGGUCCUCCAGCAGGACCAAACAUUAAUGGUCAUGCACAACCUUUAAGUCUGCAGCAAAUUCAAAACUCCAAUCCCGUUGUUUUUCCAAGGCCCAAGGAUGAAGUAGCUCCUGGCAGCGCCAGUGUGCAGAUCCAGCAGCAUGAAGUGCUUAACCUGAGCCAGCAGAAACAACAAUUGAAAUUCCCUGCUCAGCAGCCUGUACUUGGUGAGCAACCCUCGCUGGAAAUGGAGCCACCUCCGCGAUACCCCACCACUGUGCCAGUUGCUCAUGCACCUCCGACUCCUGGCAAGCGUCCACUCGGUACAUCACCACCUUCCAACUUCUAUAACGAGUACAACCGGAAACCACAAAACGGACCCCGUCCUAGCAACCUGCCAAAUAUUCUGCCACAAUUUCGACCGAAUGCCAAGAUUUCCAGCGGACAUCCUCCUGCCUUAAAGCAGGAACCAGGAAACAUACGUCUGCCUCAGCAAGGUGGUCCCGGUCCAAAACGCCCUUACAAUCCUUCGAUGCAACCUCAGUUUGCCCAUCGCCGUCAGCCUUUAUACCAGCAGCAUCAGCAGAUGAUGCAGAAGCGCUAUCCCAUGAAUCGCAUCUCGGAGUAUCCCAUGGGGCCCGGUCCAGGAGGAGAUGUUAAUAGGAGAGUAUACAGGCUUCCCCCGUAUGGAGGACAGAAUGUGCCCUAUCUGCCCGAUCACAUGUAUCCCCGCCGCCCCCAGGGCCCUGGACCAUUGAGAUCCGUUGAUGGCUAUCCCGCAGAGCGACAUGCACCUUCAUCCGAACCCUACAAAACGAUCGAUGCAGAGGCAGCUGCCGACUUCGAGGAAGAAGAUCUGGUGAUCAACGAUCCGCCACAGCCCGUGACUCCUGGCAAGGAUCGCAAGGGAGUGGAGGAGACGAAACUAGAGCCAGUGGUCACAUUACAAAUGCUGCAGUCUCAAAAGAAGGCUGUGAGCCUGCCCGGCGAUGAUACGGGUGCAGGAGAGAUCCAGGUCACAGCCGACAAUGAUCCCCAGGAAGCUGAGGCCUCCAAGCUCAGCCAGCAAAAGUUGGAUCCCAGCGGCAUGUAUGUUGUCUUUCCGAUGAAGAGUGCAGAGAAAGGACAAAGCGAAGGCGAUGCACCUUCAGCUCCAGCUGAGUACCAGAAUACUCCGUUCUCCGUGAUUCGCGACCAGCCACAGGAACCCAUUCUCAAGAACAAGAAGCCGCAAUCCCUGCAGCAGCAAAACAAGGCGCAGCAAGUUCCCAAAGAGAAGUUCCCCUAUCCUAUCGAGAAGCCAGACCCAUCAUUUUCAGACCUGCACCCCGAAUCGCAGACUUCUGUUUCGGGAGUACUGGUGGCUCCAAGGAUCAUUACGGGAGCUAUGGGCACCGGGACAGAGACACCCAUUGCAAUUGCCUACACGCCCACAGAGCCAAACUCAUUCCGCCACGAACAGGGGCAGAAAUUCUCAAAUAUCAAUCUGGCCACGUCAGUAAUCAACGAGAUCCGACAGGACACCCAGACGGAGGAGGACCUGAGCAGUGAUUUCGAUCUGCGUGGCCAGAACUUCGAGAAGGACUUCAUGGCACCAUUUUACCCAAGUGUGAGCCUAGGAGGUGCCAGUGGAGCUGCAGCAGUAAAUGCUGCCGCGCCCAGUAACUGGAACAUUCUGCCGUCGACCACGGAUCAGGCAAUCUAUGAGAAGAACAACAUAAACCGGGCUGAUGUGGACCCCACAGAGCAAAAGAAAACAGAAGAGGAGCAACCCACUGCUAGCCCGCUAACAGCGGAAAAGCCUUCUGAAAUGGACAGCUUCCAGCCACAGCUUCAAGGGGGCUUCAAACCCAUUUAUCCACCGGGCUACAAACACGUUGAGCAAGUGGAACAGGACGAGAUCGCAGGUGCCAAGAAUGCUGGCAAGGACCAACCAAUCGCAUUGCCACUGAUGGGCACCACAGCAAAACCUUCGACGUCAGCCUCACCCGUUAGCAGCAGCAGCAGUUCCACCUCAACAUCCUCUACCACAUCCACGACCUCAACGACCCAUCAACCCGGGGUAACGAAGUCGGAUGUCACACUGGCAACUACCAAGGCGCCGGCAAUCAGCACAAAGCCCACGCAGCGCAAGAAGUCCACCUUUGAGACGAGCCUGGCGGCCUUGCUCUUCGGAGACGACGAGGAGGAUGGAGCACGCAAGUCCGCUGAGCUACCGAAGGCCCAGGUUGGACCUAGAAAUGUGCCCCGAAUGGGACCCCGAAGUCUGACUUUGAGCUAAGCGGGUCCGAGGAUGCCCAAAACUAGUUUAGUCCAAUUUUAGUUUGUAUUAUUUAUUCAAAGUUUAUGAGACAGCCGGGAAACGCCCCGCUUAGAGGUAGACCAUGUGGUAAUCUAGUUCUGUUCUACAGCUUAUAGUAAGUAAGCUCACCUUUCCAGAUAUAUAGACCAUCGCCACCAACGAACACUACACCCCACAAUCCCAGCGACUUUUGCGAGUCUGAUUUGAAAUGCGAAUCAUUUGAACUUUCUCAUUUGACUCCCGAAUCGUCGGAAAUGAGAAAAAGCUUUUUACUCAAAUUAACAACAUAAACUUAAAUAGUACUCACAAUUUACCCAAUAACUGUACCAUAGAAAACCAUGAAAAAUAAACAAAUU